AUGACUACUGUGGCUGGAAUCAAGUGUGGGAAUACUGAUCUGGCAUUGACAGUCAGGGUAAUUCACCUGUGGAGUGUUCCUGAUCGCACAAAUCCUGUUGUGGACGGAAGCCUGCAUAUGCUUUUGCUUGAUGAAAAGUGCGGCAAAAUUCAUGCAAGUGUCAGGAAGAAUCUGAUCCACCUCUUUAAGGAUCAGAUUGACGAGGGUUCAGCUUAUGUGAUUGAGAGCUUCAUGGUGGGAUCAAAUGAUCAUGCUUACAAGACUACGGGCCAUAAAUACAAGUUGAAUUUUAUGGGAGGUACAAAUGUGUUCAGGGUUUCUUCUGUUAACAUUCCUGCUCAUCAUUUCACCUUCAUGCCAUUUAUGCAAAUUGUGAGUGCAACCAGGGAAGAUAAGUUGCUUGAUGUAAUUGGUCAUGUGGUCGAGAAGGAUGUUAUCAAAGAGACUGAAAAAAAUGGGAAGAAGCGCAAGGUUCUAGAUAUUAUGCUCGAGGAUCUGGAAAGCAAUCGAUUACAUUGUACAUUAUGGGAUAGUUAUGCUGAAAGAAUGCAACUAUUUCUUGACACACAUGAAUCAGCACAGCCUGCGAUUUUGAUACUCCAGCUUUGCAAGAUGAAGAAAUUUUUUGGAGUUAUGGGAGUAUCUAAUGCUUUUUAUGGAACAAAGAUGUUCUUGAACCCUGACAUACCCGACGUUAUUGAAUACAAAACACGCUUGAAUGAAACUGAUGUUGCCCUUACUCAAGUUGUCAGUCAAAUGUCUGCACCGAACUUGCUCACUGUAGCUGAAGAUUUGAUGCAAUCUAGGCGAAUGACAAUCGAGGAUCUGAUUGAGUCCAAUGAGAGAUGUUCUGGUGCUGUGCUGGCGAGGACGUGCGAACUUGAGGUAGACAUGGGAUGGUACUAUCAAGCAUGUACUAAGUGCGCAUCAAGGGUUAUAACUGCUGCUGGGAGCCUAUAUUGUGACAAUAGCAAGAUGCCAAGAACUGCCAUUCCUAGGUUCAAGGUUCAUGUGCAGGCGAUAGACAACACUGGAUCAACAACCUUUGUCCUGUUUGAUCGUGUUGUGUCUCAGUUUUUAGGGAGAAGCGUUCAAGACUUGCUUGAUAAUAUGCCAAAUAGGAAUGAUUUACCUGCUUAUCCAACUGAACUCAAUGUGUUUGUGGAUAAGAGAAUGCUUUUUAAGGUUGAGGUCAGCGAUGCCAAUUUGUUUCGUAACUGGCGUAGUUAUACUGUCAAUAAAUUGACUGAUAGUGAUGAAAUUAUCAAGAACUUCCUGACAUUACAUGGAAUAAAUAUGGAUGAUGUAGGCGCUGGAGCUAAUAUUGUUGGGCCAUUAACUGCGAACACUGAAAAUGAUGCUGCGGGGGCCAUUGAAGGAGGUGAUUCAAACAACAAGGAUGAUGUCGUUGAUGUGGCCGGAACUCCUACAAGCAGGUUGGCUGGGAAAAAGGCAAUAGUUGAACUCCAAGAUGUUGAUCCGAUCAAUAUCGACGUUGUGGGAACAUUUACUCAAAUUGAAAAGGAGAUGCAUGAGGGUGUAAUGGAAAGAGGUGAGUCAAGCAACAAAACUGAAGAUUUGGAGAUAACACCGACUCCUAUAAGAAGCUAUGCAGGGAAGAAGCUGAUGAAGGUGUCAGAGAGAAUGGAGGCCAUCAACGUUGAGAUUCUAAAUGAUCUCGAUGUCACCGAAACUUCUAGAAGCAAGUUGGUUGAAAAUGAGUCAAUUGUCGGCCUUGAAAGUUUUCAUCCAAUCAAUACCGAUGGUGCCGGAACAUUUACUCAGAUUGCUAAUGAAAUUCGUGGGGAGAUGACCGGUGGAGGUAACUCAGACAAUCAGGUUAAUGAUCUAGAGAAUGCUCAAACUCCUAUAGGCAACUCUAUUGGGAAAAGGCCUACUACAUUUUCUGAGGGAAUAGAAUCAAUGAAUAUUGAGAUUGGGGAUGCCUCUGCUACCAAGAAGCCAAGAACGGAUAACUUGAGGGGCAAGGAAAAGACAAAAAGGGGUUUUGUACGGAUUAGAGAUCUGAAGUAA